AUGUUGAAGCUCAACUUCUUUGUUUUUGCAUUUGCAGGUAUUUCCAAGUCUGGUCCUUCCAAGGAGCGUAAAAAGAAAAAUGGGGGAAGCACCAGCAACAGUACCAAUGAAGGCAGCAAUAAAGCCAAGGAGGGAAGCACAAACAUCUCCCAUCACGUGACCGCAUUGCUAAAUGCAGGAAACGAUGCCACUAACACAGACCGUGCGGCAGUUUGGAAGGCAGUGAAUGGGGCCAUGGCAAACCUAGUCGUCGCCGCUACCGCCGUCAACAAUGCUGGUUCAGCUGAACACCCUAGCUACCUACUUCCUUCUCCCUUCACAUGUGCUGAAAGUCCUGAAGACGAGGGUAUCGGAACCAUACCACUCUUGGUUGAUGCCUCAUCCACUGCCACAACGGCAGCUGAACCACCUGUGGAAGGGCCACAACAGUGA